AUGUCCGUGGUGGACCAUGGGCUUACAAAGGGGGUGAUUCUCAUUCCGACGAACAAAGACAGCCUCACCACUGAGAAAACUGCCCAACACCUCCUCGACAACCUCUACAAACACUUCAGCCUCCCAGAUAAAUUCAUUUCUGACCAAGGAUCACAGUUCAAAGCAGAAUCCUUCCGCGAAUUCUUGAAACUCCUCAAAAUUGAAUCAUCCUUAUCCACCGCUUAUCACCCCCAAACUGAUGGAACCACAGAACAUUUUAACCAAGAAAUCGAAACCUACCUCUCCAUCUUCUGUACCGGCCAACAAGAGUCAUGGGCUGAUGAACUUUCCCUCGUAGAAUUCGUCCACAACUCCAGAAGACACUCUGAUCAACAACACUCCCCCUUCGAACUCAUUCUUGGAAUCCAACUGCACGCUAUCCCUCAAACAUUUGCUGCUACCAAAUUUGGAUCAGUAGAAGAAAAGGUGAAACAUCUGGAACAAAUCCACAAAGAAGCCAUUGCUGCACAUGAACUUGCCACUGCUACGGACACUGUCAGACUUGGCAGACUACGCGUCAUACUCCCAUAG